AUACAUCUCAUUGACUGACCACAGCAAGAGAGAGAGAGAGCGAGAGAGAGAGAGAGAAAGAGCGAGGGAGAGAGAGAUCAGUUUCGCCUUUGUACGGAUUGCUCCAGGGUUUAUUGAAUUCCCCUCUUUGGCUCUUUGUUGCUUCGUCGACGCUUGCGUAAUUCGGUUAGGGAUUUAGACUUGGUUUUGGCCAGGGGCGCUUGAUCUUGUAGUCAAGGCCGAGAGGGAGUGGGGAGAUGAAGUCAUCGCUGAGAAGAUUGCGAGGGUUCGCCUUCCACAAGGACGAGCAGAAGCAGAAAAGGGAGAAAGGCUUGGUGGCGCACCAGGACGAGCUCCUCAAGGCGUCCCAGGACAUCCAUGACAUUAGAAACUGCUAUGACAGCUUGCUUUCUGCCGCUGCUGCUAUUGAAAAUAGUGCAUAUGAAUUUUCAGAAGCUCUAAAGGAGUUGGGUACUUGCCUGCUCGAAAAAACUGCACUGGAUGACGAUGAAGAAAGUGGUAAGCUUUUGUUGAUGCUUGGAAAGGCACAGCUUGAACUUCAGAAACUCGUUAAUACCUAUCGUGUCCAUGUUGUUCAGACUAUCACAACUCCAUCAGAAUCUCUUCUCAAGGACCUUCAAACUGUAGAGGAAAUGAAACGCCAGUGUGAUGAUAAAAGGUGUGAUCUUAGUGUUGCGUUUAUUUUUCUUCUAAUGGAAAAAAAGGUUCUGUUAUUCAGAGACGUAUACAUGUUGGCAGCACAAAGUGGAAAAGGAAGGUUGAAAAAUGCCAAAGGUGACACAUUUUCUCUGCAGCAGUUGCAGGCAGCUAAAGAAGAUUAUGAAGAGGAGGCAACUCUUUUCCUCUGUCGCUUGAAAUCAUUAAAGCAAGGACAAUCCCGGAGUAUCUUGACACUAGCUGCUAGGCACAAUGCAUCACAGUUAAACUUCUUUCAUAAAGGAGUUAAAUCUCUUGAAGUUGUUGAGCCACAUAUCAAAAUUGUAGCUGAACAGCAGCACAUUGACUAUCAAUUGAAUGGACUUGAGGAUAAUCAAUUGGAAGGAUAUGAGGUCGAUCAUUCUGUUGAAAAUGGAGAUGAUGGAGAGUUGAGUUUUGAUUAUCAACAGCAUGACCAACAUCGUGAUGUUAGUUACUUUUCUAGAAAUUCAAUGGAGGAUGAUGUAGAUAGAUGUGAAUCAGAUUCCUCUCCUUUCAACAAGGAUGUUAGGGCUGUCAGUCUGUCAGCACCUCUUUUUUCUGAUAGGAACCCUAAAUCAUCUGAAACGACUAGUCAGAUGCAGCCUUUAUCAACAGAGAGGUUUUACACGUAUGCUCUUCCUACUCCUGUUAAUGUUAAGAGCUCGACCUCAACAGGUCCAACUAAUUCGAUUUCUGCUUCUGGGGUCGAAAACAAGGGUGUUUGUCCAACACAAUUAUGGCAUUCAUCUCCAUUGCAACCAAAUUUUCUUGGCAACAAUUACAGAGAUGUUGAGCUGCCAAGCCCCACCAGUUUACCUAUAAAGCAGUCAGUAUUUAAAGAGAGCAAAACUGUUGGUAGCCCCAUCAGAAUGCCUUCUGCAUGUACCGAAGGGGGGAUGUCUCAGUUGAUUACAUCAAAUACAUCUGAUUCAAAGAAGAUUGGCAGACAAGUUUUUUCUGGUCCGUUGACAAGUAAACCAUUACCAAGCAAACCAGCUUCUUUUACAAACAAUUCCAUGUCAUCAGUGGAACAUCUGGCGGGAGUCCCAGCAAAACCAACAAGCAUUACCACACCUAAGCUAUCUGUACCUCCUCCUGUAACAUCGCCCAGAAUAAAUGAGCUUCAUGAGCUUCCAAGGCCUCCAAUAGGUUGUCGAAAACAUUUAGGAUCUUUCAAUUUAAUUGGCCAUUCAGCCCCUCUGGUGCCUAGAGGUCAAGGGGUAAAUGCAACAAGCAAACAAGUACCAAUUUCAUCAUGCAUAGCCACACCACUUCCAGAACCUCCUGGUGUUAUGGUUCGCAGCUUUUCUAUACCAUCUAAUGGUCGAAAAUCAAAUUCAACAGAUGUUAAGUCAUCGGAUCAUCCUAAUAGUCAAAGGACAACUGCAGAUGCUUCAGCAACUCGUACAUCGAUGAAUAUUGGGUAGCAUGAACAACUUCAGAUACAGUAACAAACUAGAAAGCUAAAGGAUUCCACCGGGAGACAGAUCUACGAGAUGCCCAUUGGUAAAAUGUAAUUCCAAGCCUGCAAUCUUCUACCAAUUUUUUCUUGCCAAGUUGUGACAUUUAAAAGUGGAAAGUUCAUGGUCUUCUAGCUUUCCAGUUUCAAAGAUGUCUGAGAUGUUUUUCAUAAUUGAACAACCCAAGAACCGAAACAGUUAGAAAAGAUAUUUUAAACUUCCCUUCAAAGGCCACGUUUCUAGUCUUAUAUCUGCUCAUCUUCAAUAUGGAAAAAGAAUUGCCUACUGUCAAAGGAUCCUAAAUAGCAGAAUUCUGAAAAUAUUAUGUGACUUUCAUUGCUUGUGGUCACCAUGCUUACAAAUAACAGAAUUUUUUCAAAUGUCACGGCCGUCAUUCUAAAAAAGUCACUUUUUUUUCCAAAUCUCUGAGUAAUUUAGCACCUGAUUGGAGCUUUUGUUUUACAUUAUUCAUUGUCAUUGUUUAACUAUAUUGUGACUUUUACUCAACUGGAUCAUUAUCAUCAGAAUUUCAAAUGUUAAGGACAAAACAAAGAAUUUUUUUACCUAUCUUACAUAAAAAGCACAGGCAGCUUUACUUAAGUUAAUUGUCCUGAGAGGAUUAUUAGUAUAGUAAGAUGAUAAUAUCUUUUUCUUUAAUAAGUUUUUUUAUAAUUUAUAUGUUAGACUUUAGUAUAUAGCACAUAUGAUCAUUUAUAAGGGCCAUUGUGCAGAUUGUUACAUGUUUGCAUGAGUUAAAAUCUAUCAUGCCACAAAGGUAUUAGUAUAUUGCAUAUCAAUCUGUGCCACAGGGGCCUUCAUAUGGCUAAGCCAAUUUUUGGCCCAUGCCGGUCAAUAUUGUGUGUGCCAACUUGUAAGGUUAGAAUCAUACUGUGACAUGGAACAACAAUUCUUGAUCUUCUUCCCUUGGCUUGGAUUUGAAGAUGCUGGAUUCUACAGGUGUGCAAAAUUUGAUUCUGUUUGUCUCAUCUGUAGGUAAAUUCUAAAUUAAGUCAAAUUUGUUCUGUUUCCAGAAACUAAAACUGUACCGUAGGAAAUAUCUGUAAAAUAUUAAACCAAAGUUGAAUGGUUUAGUUAAGUUUUUUAUACAAUUUCAAAUAUAUUUUAUAAAUGAUGUGCUAAAUAUAAAGGUCACUAACAAACAUUCAUGCAGAUUUAUGCCAAAACUACAUUUGUUUCCUUUCUAAUUUGAAAAUGUACUCUUACAUCCCUGAAAGUAUAAUGGAAGUUGAUCAAUCUGGGUGUAUCAGGAGGAUGCAAGUGUAACUUCAGAAACUAACUAGGUUGCAAGAGGAUAUAAUUUGAAGUCUAAGGAGUUUUUGUAGUUUACCUUGUACAUAAUUAGAAUUCCAUAUAUAUGUGUGUGUGUGCAUGCUGAAAAGACAGCUGCAUCCUUCUAAUUCCAAAUUGCUUUGCAUUCUUUGAAAAUAUGAAGAAAAUUUAUCAAGCUGGGUGCAUGAUGCAAGUGUAAUUUUGAUUACAUUAGAUCUUAAGAAUGUCGGGUAUAUUUUGAAACUAUAAUGAUGUAAUUAUAGUUUCAAUAUAAAUCUGAGGAGGUUUAGGUAGUCUUCCCUGCAUAUAAUUACAAUAUUAUGUAAAUAUAUUUAAUACAUGAUUGUUAAAUAUAUAUUUGAUAUAUGGAUGAAUAACAUUACCAACGAUAUAUAUCAUAAUAAUGUAUGUUGUUGUAUUUUACUGAUGUGGCUAUACAUUUAUUAUAUGAUUGUUGGCUCAUUUAGGUUUAGGAAUUCUUUUAACUGCAAAGUGAAUCAUUGGUUUUGUUCAACUUUUUUAAAUCUACUAAAUCAUCAAAAUAACAAAUUAAACCAAAAUGAAUGUCUCGGUCAGUUUGGUUUUCUGGUUUAUCUAGUUAAUUUGCAUGCCACGACUAGAUGAUGGUAUUUCUGUUUCAGAAUUUAGGCUAUUUCUUAAACUGGAUUGGUUGAUUUUUCUUGGGCACAUAACAAUCCGUCCAGAUGUCUGAUUACAUAAAUUAAAAGUGACUUUAUUACUUGGGUAUGAAAAGGUAUGAGUAAACAUUCUACUUAGGGAUCCAUCUUGCACUUGAGCCAAAUUUAAGCUUAUGUAUUUUCUACCCACUUAAGAAGGUGAAUCAGAAGGAGGUAUGCUAUUCUUUUUUCUUUUUUAUCCUUCUUAUGUAUAUAUAUAUGUUCUUUUUUUUUUUGUGGUGGCCUUGGCUUUAACUGAAAUGUUAUCCUACCCUCCUCCCCUUUCCUGUUAUCAAAGGUUGGAAGUGAAAGAGGACUAAGGCAACCUUUCCAUCACCAGGUGGGCUAUAGCUAGGUACAGGGAGAGAAGUCUAUGCUUUAGUAAACCUCACCUAUGUAUUAGAUGUACAGCAUUCUCAUUGAAGAAUAAUCAAGUUUUCAUAGAUAUGCAAGGAUGCAGUAUGGGUCAACAUGGAUAGUAACACAGUACGGUUGGUUUUGAAGCUAAAUUUACAAUUCAAAAAGUAUAUGCUUGUGGUGUAAAAUAAAAAAAUAUAUAUUCUUGUGGAUAUUAGAGAUCUUAUGGUAAGUUAUGGAAUCCACUUGUUUCCUUAAACUAUUACCAUCUCAAAAUAAAGUUACUUAAUAGAGUGCCUAUUUUAUGUUAUGUGGUGGCAUAUCAUCAAAUUUCACAUUACAGCUAACUGUUGUUCCUCUUGCUGUGCAGGAUUCACGUGAAGAGCCCCAGAACUCUUCGUAGCAAGUGGAGCCAAUUGAUAUGGUCUCCUAAUGUUGCUUAUGUACAUAAUGAAGUGUCCAAAAAACCUUCUCGCUCUUCCAUUCUGUUCCAUGUGUUGUUUUCUUCAGAGAAAUGGGGGAUGAUUUGCCUCCAAGAAUACACCACUAGAUAACUGCUGGUUGAGAAAAUGAAAUUUCAGUUUAUUGUUAAUAGUAGUAAUAAAGAGAUCUUAGUUUAUUAAACGAGGAACCUGACGGAUGUACUGAGACAUUUGUACAAUAAAAUGUUCUUUCCAAGUACCAA